GUUAAAGUCGGAUGUUACCACAAUUUUAUUCGAUUCGGGACCUUAUCAACGGGAAAAGGGACACCAAGUUGUUCAAUAUCUGUUGAAAAUUCUCACCGAAUAUUCUCAUAAUAGGAAAGAUAUCGCUGAUUUCCUAGCAGAUCUUGAAUAUGCCAGUAAGUGUAGACUUUUUGUUGUGUUUUUUUUUUAAAUAAAAAAUAAAACUAAUUUUGUGACUAAUAUAUUUAAAGACAUAAUUAUUCUUUAGAGCCAUUUAGGCAGUUGAGGAAAGCAAAUUAAAUUAGUCAGAAUUGUUCAAAUAUUAAUGCAAUGCUGUUAAAAUUGAUUUUAUUAAUACCCUAUUUAUAAAUGUGGGCCUAUAACUUUUUUUAAAUGUUUUGUUUUGUCUUAACUAAUAUUUAUUUACAAAUUAGCCUGCUUUAUCGUGACUGUUAUGAAGUUAUGACAUAAUACAAAAACUGGAACUUUCAGAAACAAUUAUUGAUCAUAUGAGACAAAUAACCAUUCUGGAUGCCAUUGAAAGUGACAGGGCCCUAACACUUACUGCACACGCCCUAAUGCUUUGCUUAAACUUGAGUGGUGUUAGUUCAUCGUUUGCUAAGGUAAUGUUCUAUUUUUAAAAACUUUAUAUUUUUAGUAAGCACGUUUUAAUUUAGAUAUGUCAAAAUAAUGUAAAGAUCCAAUCUAUAUGAUAUAUGUAUUUAAAUUUAGUGAAGAAAAUGUAUACUUUUUUUUUUUUUUUUAAAGACUAAGACUAUUAAGAAGUUUAAUUUUUAGUGAAUCAUGAAUAAGGGUCUCAAGCAUACUACAAUAUCACGAGUUGCACAAAUUAUUAAUACAUUACCGCCGUUGGGGCUGAAACAGCCUAUUCGCGCCAGAUGGUGGCCGUUUGAAACGACAUGGACAUGGUUUUAUCUUAUUCUGAUCUAUAUUUCUGAGGUUCUCAAGUCAAUGACUGUCAUUCUGUCAAUAUUCCAAUUAUUGGUUUCAUAUCAUCAGUUUUAUAUCUUGCAUGACAAAAAUAUGUUGAUGUAACUUGUUUCUUCCUGCCAAGUGCCUGGCUAAAGGUGGUGCUGUUGAGCUCCUCACCCUUGUCAUCGUGGAUGAGGAAUAUCUUAGAAAUGGGGAGAUAAUGGAGGUAGAGUAUCAAUACAUAAUAAAUAUACAUUUUUAAAACUUUUUUUAUUUAUUUUUAACCACAAGAUGCAAUUGCUGUUGAAAUUUAAAUCAAUUAUUAAUACACAAUAAUACAUUAAUUUUAUGUUAGAAUUUUAAAUUUUUUUUGUAAACUUUGUCUUAGAAUUUUUUGUUAAAAUUUUGCCCACUCUUCUUAUUUUAUUGUUACUUUUUAUCAUUAUUAUAUAACCAUUGAACUGGCCAUAUUGAUUCUGAUUGAUUUUAAAGUGUUCUUAAGCAGGCUUAAUUAACUAAUUUAAAAUUUUAAUUUUACAUUGAUGGACUUAAAUAUAUAAAAAGUUCAAAUAUGUAGGCUAUCAUAGUCAUAGCAUUGAUUAUCUCUCAAAAAUAAUUAUAAAGUGGUGAUUUUUAAACAAAUUUAAAUUUAAUUAAUAUCUUCAUAGGCAAUUUACUCACUUUUAAGAAAUACAGUUGAUAUCCUGAAUAACAUUGCCAGGCAUGUACCAACAAAGCAAUGCUUUGUGGAAAACAACACUGCUAAUGUGAGUUUGCGUAGUCGUAGUUAUGUCAUCAUCACAUUAAAAGUGGUUUUUAUUUUAUUAUACUGUGACAUUUAAAUUUAUAAAAUUUUUAAAUUGGUUAAGAGAAAGUGUCUUCAUUCAGUUUACAUACCCAUCAUUGAAAUAAAAAUAAAAAUGUAGAUUUAAAAAUUGAAGUUUCACUUAUUGAACUUGGAUAUUUUUAUUAAAUAAAAAUAAUAACUUAGUAAGUUAAAAAAAUUAUAUUUGUAUUUAAAUGUAGGCCCUCAAAAAUUUGUUGAACUGGAAUAAAAGAAGUCUUGAGGUUAGAGCAUUGUUGACACUGGCAUUAGUGCUGGACGAAGAUGAGCUGUUACACCUUACAGACGACACAGGUAGGCUACAUAUAUAUUAG